UGUGUAAUUUUUUGUACCCACAUAGCUCGCAGAGCUCGUUUAUCUCGUAAUAAAUUCAUAAUAUAACAAUAAAACAAAAUCAGAGUUCAUCUAUUGAACGUAAAUGAAGCAUUACCAGUAAGCAAUAAAAUUAAAUACUACUGUAAACAAAAAAUAACAACAAUGAAUUGCCCAAAAAUACUCCGUUUACAAACACAUCAACUUCGGACUUAUCGCGUGAUUGUUUGUGAUAAGAACAAAGUGAUAGUGGAGAUUAACAGUGAUUAAACAAUAAAACUAGAGAUGCCCUACAUGCAAACUAUUUAUUGUUGAUAAAAAAAAACAAGGCUAAGCUACCUACCUACGAACGUGGCUUGUGAUAGCGUCCUUAAAUUUUCAAAAAUGAACCUAAAUAAAUAUGAAGACAUCACCAUUUCGAAUGACUAUAUAAUCACUACUGCAGAUGCACCAAUAGAACCCACUCAAAGUUUGGGAGCUGCUAUGUUCACCAACCUAAGGCUAAACCAAGAGAGCAUAGCACAGAUUGACGCCAAAACCGGCCAACAAGACACCUUUGGUCAACUUCUGCAACGUUCUAUCCGAACUGUUCUUCAUAUGAGAGACAAAGGUAUAACCCGUGACCAUAUCAUCACCCUUUGCGCUAAGAAUAACCUUAACGUUGGAGUACCAUACAUUGCCACACAAUUCCUUGGUGCUAAAAUGGCCUCAAUCGACCCGUCCUUCUCACCACAAGAAAUGAAUCAUCUUCUUAACACGGUACGUCCGAAAAUUAUUUUCGCAACUUCCGAGUCAGUACGGGCUAUUGGCGAAGUGCUGAAAGAGAUUUCUCUAGAUGCAGAACUAGUGGUUUUGGGGAAAAGUACCAAACAUACUGAGUUUUCAGAGUUUCUUAAGCCUCAUGCAGACGAAGAUAAGUUCGAACCUGUUGAAAUACACGAUUUGAAAGAAACGGCACUUAUUUAUUUUAGUAGCGGUACUACCGGUUUGCCUAAAGGUAUCUGUUUAAACCACUACGGUUUUCUGGGACAUUCCUUAAAUAGCAAAGUUUCGAAAAACGUGGAUGAGGAGUGGUUUGCUUCGGUACUACCGCGAAUGUCGUUCCCUCCAACUAUUCUUCUUUAUACUUCCCAGUACUGGAUUUCGGCUGGGGCGAUGCUGUUGAGUUCGAUUCUUGAAGGAUACUGUCGUUUAAUUUGUGAAGAUUUCGAUGGAAAAGAAAUUUGGAAUUUAUUUCAAAGAUUUAAGCCAUCAGUACUCUUACUGACUCCUGUUCAAGCAAUAGAGAUGUUGGUAAAUAAGAGAAUAGAUGUUGAUGUUAGCUGCAUCAUAAGUAUCAUAAUAAUAGGAAGUGCUAUUUCCAAAGAAUACGUUUUAAAAUUAAGAAGUACCUUUCCACAGACUGAUAUUUAUAGUGGAUACGGACAAACCGAAGUUUGUGGACCCGUCGUUAUGUUUAAACCUAUGGACAAACAUCACAGGGAACUAAGUAAAAGGUCCGACAAGAUAGAGUCUGUGGGUCUUCCUAUGCCCGGUACACGAUUGCGGGUUGUGGACACCGAAACCGGCGAACACUUAGGACCCAAUCAACGGGGCGAACUCCUCCUCAAAUCCAAAUUCACAAUGAAUGGAUAUUACAAAGUUGACUCUUCAGACACUUUUGAUAAAGACGGUUGGCUGAAAACUGGCGACAUCGUGUACUACGAUACAGACCUGUGUUUUUAUAUUGUGGAUAGGAUAAAAGAAGCCUUCAAGUACCAAGGAUGGUUUAUAGCACCCACUGUUCUCGAAAACGUGUUGCUUGAACAUCCUGCCGUCAAAUUAGCAGUAGUGAUCGGCAUACCGCACAAUGAUGGUCAUCACCCUAUGGGUUUGGUAGUCCUUAAUGAUGAUUCCGAAGUUAGCGAAAACGAACUUGAGAAGUUUGUAGAAGACCGAGUGCCGGAAAGGCAGAGAUUGAGAGCUGGUGUUAGGUUUAUUAAAUUGGUUCCUGUUACGGUUACGGGAAAAGUUAAGAGGUCGCAGCUGAAACAAAUGGUUUUAGGAGGAAAAUUAUAAGUUUUUAAGAACUUUUUUGCUUAUUAAGUAUUAUUACAAUUUUUCACACAAAUUGCAUAAUAUAUAAAUUUGAAUAGAGCUUAAACAAUAAAAAAAUAUACAUA